UUUCUCUCUUCUUCGUUUGUUUGUUUGCUCUCUGGCUAUGGCGGACGAGGGACGGUUACACAUCAUCUUUGAUACAACCUUUAUACAAACCCGUUGGUAUUAACUCCGUUUGUGUCUUCAUCUGUCGCAACUCGCAUUCUCCGCAUUAAAACGCGGCGAACAAACACUCAUCCUUUCCAAGAUGAAGGAAGCUCUGAUGCAAUCCAUGGCCGCCAUAGCUUCUUCUUAGCAAGCAAGCUACUCUCCCAAAAUCCAUCUUUUCCCCAGUUUGUGUUGGUGUUUUCCUCAUCUAUAUGUUGCGUAUCUAAGCGCCGUCGAGAGAUUCAUGGCUGGGAGCGCGAGCAGCAAGGUGAAGAGAAUCGUGGAUAAGUGGCAGAAGAAGCUCAAGCGAUCGGGGCGAUCGUAUGCUUCAUUGGAGUCGGCGUCGCCGCUAUCAACUUGCGCGAGCGAUCUGGAGGAGUUUGAUCACAAGCAGCAGCCGCAGCGAGCAUCCAAGAUCAUCGCAAAAGAGGAGGCAAGAGCUCCAGAAGACGCGUUCGUGGUUUACGUGGGCAAGGAAGCGAGACGAUACGUGGUGGAAGCGCGCCACUUGAAGCAUCCACUGUUUAAAUCCUUCGUCCAAAAAUCCGCGGCGAGCAAUCUCGAGGAGGAGGAGGAGGAGGACGCGCUGGUGAGAAUCUCUUGCGAGGUUGUCAUGUUUGAGCAUCUCCUGUGGACGCUGGAGAACUAUGAUCCAGCCGAGCUCCACGGAGAAGCUCUCAAUGAGCUCCUCGAUAUGUAUGCUACGAGCUAAAGAGCUCGGAACAAAUCAAUCUAGUUCAUUUUUUUA